UUUUACGUCACAUUCCCCACAGCGCUAAAACUGUACUUUCACGUCUGGACCAAAACAAAACUCAAAGAAAGUAAAAAUGUCAAAGAUAGACAAGAUGAGCAUCCUUGGGGUGAGGAGUUUUGGGAUUGAGGAUAAAGACAAACAAGUCAUCUCUUUCUUCACUCCACUGACUGUACUGGUUGGACCCAACGGAGCAGGGAAAACGACUAUUAUUGAGUGCCUUAGGUAUGCAACAUCAGGAGAACUUCCCCCUGGAUCUAAAGGAGGUGCAUUUGUUCACGAUCCAAGGGAUGCCCAUGAGACAGAUGUGAGAGCACAGAUUCGGCUCUUAUUCAGUGACGUCAAUGGAGAGAAAGUGACUAUCCAACGCUCCAUGUCCUGCACUCAGAAGGCAAAGAACUACUCCUUCAAAAGCUUGGAGCAGGUCAUCACUAGAAUGAAAGACGGUGAGAAGGUGAGCUUGUCAUCAAAAUGCGGCGAACUGGAUCGGGAGAUGAUUUCUUCACUGGGUGUGUCGAAGCCUGUGCUGAACCAUGUCAUCUUUUGUCACCAAGAAGAUUCUAACUGGCCCCUCAGCGAGGGCAAAGCACUCAAAGAUAAAUUUGACUCCAUCUUCGCUGCGACUAAGUAUAUCAAAGCUUUAGAGACGAUGCGUCAGUUGCGUCUCAAACAGAGUCAUACAGUCAAAGAGUGUCAGGUGGAGCUGCGCUACCUGAAGCAGAACAAAGAGAAAGCCCAGCAGAUCAGAGAGACCGUGGCCACCAAGGAGGCUCAGCUGACGGCCUCUAGGGACAGCAUCCAGCAGAUAGAGAGCCAGAUUGAUCCACUGGAGAAUCGACUGACCGAUAUCGACAUGAAACUGGGGAAAGUGAUGAAGCUGGACAACGACAUCAAGGCUUUAGACAGCAGGAAGAAACAGAUGGAGGAGGACAACAAGGAGUUGGAGGAAACAAUGGAACAGGUGUUCCAGGGUUCAGAUGAGCAGCUGCAGGAGAUUUACCAGAACCACCAGAGGACGGUGAGGGAGAAGGAGCGGAGGCUGACAGACUGCCAGAAGGAGCUGGAGAGAGCCGGUCGGGAGUGUCAGAGACUCAACAGAGUCAAGGCCGAUCUCCUGGUAGAACAAGGUCGUCUGCAGCUGGAGGCUGAUCGCCACACUCAACAUAUCAAGAACCGCGAUACUCAGGUUCGCUCUUUGUCGUCCUAUCUGGACAUGGAGGGUUACGACCGCCCACCCUUCUCCACUCUUCAGCUUGAGAGCUUCAAUCGUCACGUCACACAGAGACUGGAGCAGGAAAAACAGACACUCUCUCAGGUUAUGGCGGACCUGCAGGAAAAGGAGCAGCAGAAGCAGCAGUCCAUUGAUGAAAUGAGGGAUAAGAAGACCGGCCUGGAGAGAACCGUGGAGUUGAAGAGGGACCUGCAGGGAAAGAAGCAGCAAGAACUGAGGAACAUCAGGGCAGAGCUGCAGAGGCUCGAGGGUUCAUCUAGCCGACUGCAGGAGCUGGAGAAUGAACUGGCCAAAGCAGAGCGUGAGCUGCAGAGCGCAGUUCAGAGCUCUAACGUGGAUGAGCUGAAGGCCGAGGUUGUGGAGCUACAGAGAGAAAAGGCUGAGCUUGACCGCACACAGAGGCAGCUUGACCAAGAGAUGGGAAUGCUCAACACACACACCACCGCCCGCACGCAGAUGGACAUGCUGAAUAAAGACAAGACGGAGAAGGAAGAGCAGGUUCGUAAGAUCAAGUCUCGUCACAGCGAGGAUCUGGUGUCAUUGCUGGGUCACUUCCCCAAGAAGAGAGAGCUGGAGGACUGGAUCUAUUCCAAGUCUAAGGAAAUCAACAGCACCAGGGAUAGACUCGCCAAACUCAACAAGGACCUGGCAUCAAGUGAGCAGAAUAAAAGCCACAUCGCUGCUGAGCUACGGAAGAAAGAGCAACAGGUAACCGGCGACGAAGAGAAGUUCUUCAAUGUGUGUGGCAGUCAGGAUCUGGAGCAGGACCUGAGCAAACUGGGAGACGAUCUGGAGAAGAUCUCCAAGCAAAGAGCCAUGCUAGCCGGAGCCACAGCAGUUUACACCCAGUUCAUCAGCCAGCUGACAGAGGAGAGAGAGCCCUGCUGCCCCGUGUGUCAGCGGACAUUCCCCUCAGAGUCUGAUCUGCAGGAAGUUAUCAGUGACAUGCAGUCCAAGCUGCGCCUGGUGCCAGACAAGCUGAAAAACACAGAGCAGGACCUGAAGAGGAAGGAGAGGAAGAGAGAUGAGAUGUUGGCGCUCAGACCUGUCAGGCAGUCCAUUGUACAGCUUCAGGAAAAAGAGUUGCCUGAGUUGAGAAACCGCCUGCAGACUGUGAACAGAGACAUAGAGAGGCUGAAGGGCGACGUGGAGGAGCAGGAGACGCUGCUUGGCACCCUGAUGUCAGAGGAGGACACAGCCAAGGCCUGCCUGCAGGACAUAUCUCUAAUGGACAGAUACCUGAUGGACCUUAAAGAGUUGGAGAGGAAAAUAGCUCAGCAGGCAGCCAAACUCCAGGGAGUAGACCUGACCAGAACCAUCCAGCAAGUCAGUCAAGAGAAACAAGAAACUCAGCACAGGCUGGACACCACCUCCAGCAAGAUGGAGCUGAAACGUAAGCUGAUCCAGGACCAGCAGGAUCAGAUUCAGAUGCUGAAAAGUGCCGUGAAUGAGACGAGAGCAGAGAAACUGCAGCUGAGCAGUGAUUUGCAGAAACAGCAGCAACUUGAGGAGCAGUGUGUCGAGUUCACCACUGAAAUACAGGCCUUUACCAGGGACAUCAGGGAAGCGAAGGAACAGCUGUCCCCUUUGUCUGUAGCUCUGGAGAAGCUGCAACAGGAGAAGAAGGAGCUGGUGGAGCGCAAGAGGCAAAAGCAGGAGGAGGGGCAGGAGAAGAUCAACGCCAUUAAAGAGAAAGUGAAGGCGAUCACCUCUUUGGAAAGAGACAUCACCAAAUAUGUUGAUGACGGCAAAGACGAAUACAAAGAGCAAAAAGAGUCUGAGCUUCAAGAAACCAACACUCAGCUGCAUGAAGCUGAGAAGCAUAAAGACAAGAUAACCAAGGAGAUGGGAAACAUCCGUCAGGACAUAGACACUCAGAAGGUCCAGGAGCGCUGGUUGCAGGACAACCUGACCUUAAGGAAACGUGUUGAAGAGUUAAAGGAGGUUGUGUCUAAACGUGAGGCUCUUCUGAAAGAAAUGGGCAACAUGCAAGUCUUGCAGCUGCGCCAAGAACGGCGUGAAGCGGAGCGCAAGUUGGAAGAGUUGAAGAAGAACCGCAGUAUUGCGCUGGGUCGUCAAAAAGGCUUCGAGGAGGCAAUACUGGAAUGCAGAAAAGAGCUGCGAGAAGAUCAGUAUGACAAAGCUGAUGAGCGCUACAAAAACAAGAUGAUCACAAUGAGGACGACAGAGCUGGUCAUUAAAGACCUGGAUCUCUACUACAAGGCCCUUGAUCAAACCAUCAUGAAAUUCCACAGCAUGAAGAUGGAUGAGAUCAACAAGAUAAUCAGAGACCUAUGGCGCAGCACCUACAGGGGUCAAGAUAUUGAGUACGUGGAGAUCAGGUCUGACGUGGACGAAAACUCGUCUGCUGGAGUGAGGCGGAGGGUUUACAACUACAGAGUAGUGAUGGUGAAAGGAGACACAGCUUUGGAUAUGAGAGGACGCUGCAGUGCUGGACAGAAGGUGUUGGCGUCCCUGAUCAUCCGUCUAGCUCUGGCAGAGACCUUCUGUCUGAACUGCGGCAUCCUGGCCCUGGAUGAGCCCACUACCAACCUGGACCGAGAAAACAUUGAGUCCCUGGCACACGCCCUCGUAGAAAUCAUUAAGAGUCGCUCACGCCAGCGUAACUUCCAGCUGCUGGUCAUCACCCACGAUGAGGACUUUGUGGAGCUGCUGGGGCGGUCCAGCUACAUCGAGCACUUCUACCGCAUCCGUAAAAACCAGGACCAGAACUCUGAGAUCACAAAAUGCAGCAUCACGUCCCUCUCAUCUUAUCUCCACUAAACAGUCGAGAGACUCUUUACACUCCUUUGCAAAUGCACAGUGUCUCUUGAUCUUCUUGUUUUGGGCAAAAUGAAUGUUCAGUUGAUUUAGUCAAACAGCAGUAAUGAUGAAAAUGUAUGUCUGUGUGUUUGAAGCCAAAAUCCAAUUUCAAGUCACUUGUUCCAUUUGGAGGUUGGAGAGUUAACUGAUCUGCAAAUACUUAACCUACCCAAACCAAAGAGAUUCAUAUACAAGUAGGCUCUCUUUACAUAUUACAUCAACACAAAGGGCAAUCUCUGUCCUGUCUUUUUUUACAUCCAGCUGGAAAGACAUUUCCAAAAACUCUUUCAAAGUUUAGUAUGUUGAUAAUGUUCCUUUUUAAUGUCACUGUUCAAUAGCCUAGACUUCAGCUGUGCUUUACACUGUGUUACGGCUUAAAUUCAAACAAAAAAGUACAAGGCAAAGUACCUACAGAGUUCAUAAAUAAUCUGGUGCUUUUCAGAUGUCUUAUUUAAACGUACUUGGAUGAUAUCACAAAUCAAAACCAUUUAAAAACAAACUGACAGUGAUAAAGUUGAUAAAGUCUUGCACUGGUGUUUUUACAAAGUGUUCAGUAGGCACCUGCUGGCCAGCAGUGGCAACAGAAAGAUGUGUUCUGCUAAAAAAUGCUGGUUUAUAUUGCAGUUAACAGUUGUAAUUCCAUGUUUGCCACUUUAUAAGAUCAACAUUUUCAUUAAAUCUCUUGGGAAGGACAUGGGCUGUUAA